CUCUCCUCUGCCCUUCCCUGGGUUGCUCCCACAUGAACCCAGUAAACCCCUCACUUGUCUCCGCGUCCGAUAAACCCACCUCCCGCACCUCCCGCGUCGCCAUCUCUUCUUUUAUCUUCGCAUUCCUAUGCGAGCUUUGCUCAAGCGGAUUCCUGCUCAUCGACAGCUUCUCUGCGCUGCGCUGCAAGAGUCGCUUUGGUCCGCAAAGCCCCGCGAUUGUUCGUCCCGCCACGUAUAUCAUUUCACGAGAAGUAAACCCCAAACAGUCUCAUACCUUAGCCCACUGUACACCCGCUCCUUCUCCGAAGACGCGCGACCCAUAGUCGAUAUCACGUUUCCGCACGACUUAGAAAAAGGCGAAGACACAAUGGCGGGUGGUUCGUCAGCUUCGUCGGGCUCCAAGCACAAGAGGACAGCACCCGCAUUCUACGCUGUCAAGGCCGGGUUCACGCCAGGGAUAUACCAAAGCUGGGACGAUGCCAAACAACAAACUUCUGGGUUCAAGAACCCCGUGUUCAAGAAAUUCACUAUGCUUACAGAAGCGGAGGAAUUCAUGAAAGGCGAGAGUGUUGGCGCUCAAAAAUCUGGAAAAUCGAAAUACUACGGAGUGCAGGUCGGUCACACACCAGGAGUGUAUAUGGAUUGGCCUGCGGUUCUGGAGCAAGUCACCGGCUUUAAGGGCGCCAAACAAAAGCGCUUUGACACGUGGGAGGAAGCACAAGCCUUCGUGAGCGAGGCGCAACAAGGCGGCGCAUCCUCACACACUACCAGCACGCCAAUCAGCCUUAACGGCCAUGUCGACUCAACAACACCGUCCGAAGUCGAAUCGCGGAAGAGCACGAAGAAACAGAAACAGAACGAUGGCUUCGCGGUACCAACUGCGACCAAUGGCGACUACGAACCUGGUACAGGGCCUCUCCCACCAGACGCUGAGGACGGCUUCGACAGGAGGAUCAAGCACGGGCGACCGGAUGGCCCUGAGAUAGAGUACAAGACACAAGAGGAGCUUAGCCUGCGAAAAUUCCAGCCCACCGGCGACUUCGAGGGCGUCCUCGAGGUAUAUACCGACGGCGCAUCUAAGGGAAACGGCCAGCUCGGUGCAUACGCCGGCUUCGGCAUCUGGUUCGGACCCAAUGAUCCCAGAAAAGACAAGAGAUCGAGGCGAAGAAGAUGGCAAAGUUUGCGGCAGAUGAGGAGAAGGAUGGGGCAGAGGUGGAUGAAUAGAAGAGAAGUCGUCGAGUAUAGGAAUCUGUGGACAUUCUUACAGGAGUUGGGACAAUAUGGUUCUAGGGGCAAAAGAGUACUUUGAGGUUAUAACAAGGAAUCUCCGCCAUUGUAUUUGUUUGGAGGAGGCAUCCUGUAUUGAUAUGGAUAGCAUAUUCGUAUGGCGGCUCCCGUCGAUGCCACCG